UGUGUGUGAAGAGUUUUACUGGCAUGUUAAGACAGAUGCACUGAGGCAAUGUAUUGCACGUCAUUAAUGCUCAUGCGCACAACAUAUUUACCAGCAGUUCCAGACCUCUGCCCUUGAUUGACAAACUUUUCACAUUUUAAGGACUUUUCAACACUCAAAAUAGCCCCGUCUGCAUUUCUAACUCUGAAAGCAACCGUACAAGAAACAGAAAGCGAGGAAGAAAAAAAGAUAACUGCAUCCCGAGUACGUAUCCGUGCUACAUUUUGUCCACCCCUGCAGCAGCAGAUAUGCACGGUUCUGAGGAGAGUGUGCCUGGAACCGUGCUUCAGAGGCUUAUGCAAGAACAUCUGCGAUACACAACGAGUGGAAAUGGUGGAGGGGUAGAAAACAUUUCUCAGGUGCCAAGCAGCCCCACAUCCACAGAGAACCCAUUCCUGCAAAAAGAGGGUCAAGUAGCAUAUUCAUAUCAGCUUUUGCCCUUACACUUUCAGUCGCGACAGGAACCACAAGGUCAGGAGCAUCAAGUAGACAGCAGUACCAUGGAAAAGACUGUUGGUGUUGGUGCAUGUAGAGCAGACCAAGCUUUGCCUGAGAUCGACCUGUUGGAGCCUCCAUCCUAUGUGGAGGCUAAAAUCCAAUCUCAACAGAUUAAAGGACAGCAAAGUCUGAUGGAUCCUCUGUGUCAAACCCACAACUACCAGAGUCUUCAAGAUCGAGAAAACCUUUCAAAUAAUCCACAACAAACUCCAAAUCUGGUCUUUUAUAAGGAAACCCCUAAAAACCUUGUCCACCAAAGUCAGCAGCAACACAACCAGCCUUCGGCGAUGUCUGAAAGUCCGACAGGCUCACAUUCCCAUCUGCCAUCACUUUCUAACCCGUGUUCAAUCUCCUCCCCUGCUCCACUUUCAUCCUCAUCCACGUCUCUCUCAACGGUUCCCACGAAGAACCUCGUGGAAGGUCAAACAUGGGUUCAACAAGGAUUCAAUGAUGAUGCAUCUCUCUGGGAGGAAGGUGUGUUAGAUUUGAACCAGGGUCACGUUCACUCACCGAGCGAAAGAAUCAUGCAACUCAGGCUAGAAUACAGUGGUGCUAAGCAAAGCAUCGGACCUUUCAGUUCACCUUGCACAGGAGACACUGUUCAUUUUGGGGCUGAUAAUACAGCAGAUUCCCUUUCGUCAGCUAGUAAGACCUCAAAUAGUAACCAACAACUUCCACCGCCACCCUCGUCACUGUGGACUCUGGAUCAAAGAGGUCCUCCCCCAGAAUAUCCCUUCAAGUUUAAGUUACAGACUGCGCUUUCGCCCAUGUUACACUCAAACUCUUCAUCUCCGGAACAGGCACAAAUCUUCAGUGAUACUUUGACAGCAGCCGUGAUGGAGACAGCACCACAGAGAGGAAUAGAAAGACACAAUCCUUCAACUUCACAUCUCCAGACACAGACCGGCCCCGUGACCUCACAGGCUUCUCAGCAAAAUUAUCAGGCUGUAUCUCUGUCUCAGUCACUGGCAUUUCCUCCACCUCAGACUGGAUUCGUGACUCAAGGACUGUCGACUUGUGUGGCCCCUUUUAGGCAGCCUUUCCAAGGGGAAACGUUUGCUAUUGUCAGCCAUGCCAAGCCGAUCCUGGAGAGCUUGAAAGAAGAGAACCAAAACCUUAAACUAGAACUUCACAAGCAAAACGAGAAGGCCAGCAAACUACAGCAGUUGGAGAUCGAGGUUGCACGACUGUCCGAGGCACAUGAGAGUUUAGUCAAGAGCUCAUCCAAACGCGAGUGUUUGGAAAAAAACAUGAGGAACAAACUGGAGGCGGAGAUCAGGCGUCUUCAUGAUUUUAACAGAGACUUAAGAGAGCGUUUGGAAACAGCCAGUCGACAGCUGGAAAGUCAGGAGCUCGAGGGACAAGAUGAUGGACCGUUAUAUCUUUUACAGAGAAGAGAAAGCCAGAAAGACCUAGAAACAUUACAGAUAGAGGCAGCGAAUCUCCGAACAAUGAAUGAAGAUCAGAGACGGCACAUUGAGAUCUUAGAGCAAGCUUUGAAUAAUGCUCAGAGUAAAGUCAUCAAGCUGGAGGAAGAGUUGAGUAAAAAGCAGAAGUAUGUGGAGCGGGUAGAACGGUUGCAGCAGGCACUAGCACAGCUCCAGGUCGCAUGUGAAAAACGCGAACAGCUCGAACAACGUCUACGUAUUCGCCUGGAACGAGAAGUGGAUUCACUGCGAACACAACAGCGUGCUGGUAUAUCGGUUUCCCGCACCGCAGGUGAGUCCACAGCUCCUGCUGUACUGGAUUUGCUAAGGGAGAGAGAAGAAAGGAUUCUGGGAUUGGAGGCUGAUAUGACACGUUGGGAGCAAAAGUACUUAGAAGAAAGCGCAAUGAGACACUUUGCCAUGGAAGCCGCAGCGACAGCCGCAGCACAGAGAGAUACAACUAUAAUCCAGCAUUCUCGCAGUGGCAGUUACAGUGACAGCUCUCUGUGGCUGCAUGAGGAGGAGAACAGAAUUCACAGCGCUCGUCAAUCUCAGGAAAUGGAGCAAAGGAUAAAGGACUUGCAUGCUCAGUUGCUGGAGAAAGAUGCCAUGAUUAAAGUCCUACAACAGCGUUCUCGUCGAGAUCCUGCUCCUCUGCGUCCUGCCCGUUCUGUGCCCUCCAUUUCUGCAGCGACUGGACUGCAUGCACGGCAGAAGUCUCAGACUGAUCCCAGAGACACGCACAGUUGGAAAGGCAGUACAAAUGUACUCCUGAGAAAAAGUCAAGUAGACCACAUCCUUCCCUCUUUGCCCCCUCUUUCAGAUUCUGUCUCUUCAUCUCUCCCUGCCCCCUCACUUUCCUUUCUUCCUCCAUCUUUCUCCUCCUCUCUACCUUCCUCUUUUCCUCCCUUCUCGUCCUCUGCAUGUUCGAACGCGUCAUUAUUAUCCUUACCCAACUGUGUUCCCAACUCCAGCGCUUCCCGUCUUCCUACCUCUGCCUCUUCCACAUUACUGUCGUCUUCAUCUAUUUCUCUUCUGCCUCCUUUAUCACUCUCUCUGCCCUCCACUCCUCUUCUAUCUGCUCAUUCCAAAUCAGCCAGCAAAGACAGUAGCAGUCAAACAGGACAAAGUAUGAAGACAUCAAGUACUGCUAGCUCCACAGCACAAAAAAAGAGAGAAUCUCCAUCCAGCCAAUCUAAAGGCCUGGAGGGUCGAGCACAGCUGACUGCAGGACAGAAGAUGCCCUUGCUUGAUCUAGAUCUUGUGGAGAUCCUUAUCUGAAACAAACCAACCCUGGAAAUAACCUUUUCCUACAGCACUUCAGAAAGAAGCAAGCAAGAGUGAGAAUGUGAGGAACAAAAAUGUGACACAGAAAAAGGAAGAAUCCACAGAAAGAGCUGUGCAAUAAAGUAAUGGAUUACAUGCUGAGAGAAAGAAGAAAGUAAGGAUGUGCGGAGUAAUUGUUCAACACUGGCCUCCAAAAUACUAACAUCGAUUUUAUUUCUGAAUUCUUACUCUGUCCUGCUUUGACCUUUGGACAUUUGACAUGUGGUCUGGUUAAUUAUUGCAUGCCUAUUGCUGUUCUGUCUUAGGCUACAUCUACACUAAUCCAGAUACAUUUGAAAAUGGCAUCUUUGUCUAACAACGCUCCACACUGUGCGAUAUGUGCAAAAGAAACCUAUCAUGAUUUUCUUAAACAAUAGUGCGAUUUUAAUUUUAAUCCCAAUUUUAACACACACAGACGUUUUACAGUGUGAAUCUGAAACAAAUUUCCAAAGGAAAACAGUUAGAUCUUUAUAAAAGUCCCAUAACGUCUCUAAAACAGACUCAAGGCAAAACAAAAAUAAAAAUCACCAAGUAAAGGUGUAACAAAUUGUCUCUAGAACAGGGACCUCAUGUAUCAACGCUGCGUACGCACAAAAACUGCGUACGCCAGAUUUCACCCUCACGUUUGGAUUUACUAACAAUGAAAUUAACGUGAGAAUGU